ACCUAUACCUUAUGAUUUUCAAUCCACAGCUCAUUUUCUUGAAUAUGUGACAAGCCUUGCAAAUUGUGAUAAUAUGUAUCAAAUUAGUGGUCCGCAUAACCCAAUAUUUGAAAAUUAUGGAGGUGCAGGCCCAAGUACUUCGAAUCAUCAACAAGAAAUCCAAGAAAGAACAGCGAAGGAAAAACGUGACAAGAAAAGUGUUUUCUCGACUCGAGAUGUUAGAAGGUGCUAAAUCAAUAGGUGCCGGAGCUGCUACAAUUGCUUUAGCCGGAGCUGCUGUCAGUAUUGGAAACGUCCUCAGUUCUUUGAUUCAUUCUGUGGCGCGAAAUCCAUCAUUGGCUAAACAAUCAUUUGGUUAUGCCAUUUUGGGCUUUGCUCUCACCGAAGCUAUUGCAUUGUUUGCCCCAAUGAUGGCCUUUCUGAUCUUAUUCGUUUCCCGAUCGCAUAAAAAGUCAUGAGAUCAAAAAAGAAAUGUGAGAAUGUAGUUACA